UACUAGGUGGUUCAUCCGUUGGUAGCAUAUCGGAAGCGACAACAGUUCCUCAUCUAACGCAUUCAAUGUCGUUGCAACAGCAAAAUUCAUGGAAAAUGCAACCGCCACGAUUGCGUUUUGUUUCGUCGGUUGAAUUUAAGCAUUCGUCUGGUGAAACGUCGACAACGCCCUUAGAAAGUCCGACCGAAUAUAGUUCAGGUGAAAAUAAUAAACCAUCACGAUUGCAACGAUCCAAAGCAAGCAGCCGUAAAACGUUUCGCAGUCGACGCGGAAGACAACCACCAUCAUCAUCACAAGCUGGCCAAGAGAAUCAAUCAUCGGAUCAAUCCGAAAUGCAACCGCCAAAACCGACUGCCAUAGCCGCUGAUUUGUCAUGGGAUUCAGUGUCACAAACAUCAUUGACGUCUGGCUAUCGUGAUAAGUGAUAACAAUAGUCUUCAAACCGGCCUACUUUCACCUGACAGCUCAUUAACCUACGGUAUUCCACAAAAUAUGACACGUUCACUAUCACAGCACUCACUGUUGAUGCUAUUCGAAACGCAAGAUGAAGAAGACACUCUAAUUUAAAAGCAUUUCACCAGUCGGUCAGUCUCGUGAGCGAUGAGACCGAAAGAGGACUUUUUUUUAACAAAAAUAAAUAACAACAAUAGAAGCACAAAAAUAACUUGUAGAAGGAACAACAUCUUUUUUAACAUCUAAUUAAUAAAACAAACCAAAAAUUUAUAUUGAAAUGUUAACAUUAGCUGUAGCCUAAGCACCAAAUAUGAAACACUAUUACUAUUAUUACAAUUAUAGAAGUAAACAAAAACAACAAAAAUGAUAAAUAAAUAAUUUAUGACGAAAGGCUAUAUAGAAAUAGUGAUCGUUCGUGUGCUGUUGUUAGCUGUUGAAUUUAUAAUAUCGUUAACCGUUAGAUUGUGUGAAUGAUAAUAACAAUAUAAAUAUAUAAAUUAACACAAAAAAAUAAAAAUAAAAUAAAACAUUUUAUGCGAUAGAAACACAUCGUAACAUGUUAGAGAGUCAUUAGAUUUAAAAUGCAUCCACAAUAAUUAUGUUAGAUUGAAAACUUUGAAUGAAAAUAAGCUACACAUAAAAAAAAACACAAAGAAUGAAUAACAAAUUGUAUGAAUCUAUUAGAAUCAAUGAUUUUAUCGAUUAUUUUAUGCUUCAAUCGAAAAUAGGAAAAAAACAUUUUUUAGUCGAUUGCAUUUUCGAAUUGAACGCGCAUCAUAACAGAUGGAAUAUUAGCAAAAUAAAAUUUAACAAACGAAUUGUUGCUUACAUCGUUUUUAAUCAUA